CUGUCAGUGUUCGAAGAGGCUCUUGAGCCAAUACGCAUGCGCAGCUGGGGCAACGAGGAAGUGGACGACAGAGUCGCAAGGAUCGGAGCAACAUGCUCCUGCAAACAUAGCAGCAGAAGUUUCUUUGCUCCGUUGAAAGCAAGCAGAGGCAGCAUGUUCGAUGCUGGUGUCUUCAACAAGGUCAAGUACUCGCGUCUUGCUGCAGACAAUGACGGAUACAUUGAAUUACAGUUUAAGAAAAGUCCUCCAAGGGUCCCCUACAAGGCAAUUGCACUGGCAGUCUUCCUCUUUUCGGUUGGCUCCUUACUCGUCAUCUUUGGGGCCCUUCUUCUGUCAGGCACCAUUGAGGUGGAGCACCCAGAUCGCACCAUCCCCGUCAUCAUCAUUGGCCUUCUUGUUUUCCUUCCUGGAUUUUACCAUUUGAGAAUCGCCUACUAUGCCGCCAAGGGAUACCGAGGUUACUCCUAUGAUGACAUCCCAGAUUUUGGUGACUGAUUGGAGCCACAGCUGCUGACUAUCCACACUCCCUGACCAGAUGUAUCCAUUAAGUCCCGCCUGAUGUUUUCUUUCUCCAGUGUAUCAGACAAAAGACAAAAGUAUGGCGCGCUGCAGAAAUGGCACUCUAUAUUUAUCCCUCGGUGGACUCUGCCGGAUUUAAACUUAAUCUCUAUGGUUCUGUCUGCUUUGCUCCAGAAAAUGGGAAAACCUUAGUGACAGUGAACAAACGUCAAGCAAAGCGGAACAGCUUCUUGUCUGCCUGCAUCACACCAGCAACAUUGUGCUGUUCUAAAAUGACCUCUAGAAAGGGCAAAAUCCAGACUACAGACUGAAAACAUGUUAAUUUUUUUUUUUUUUUUUGUUUUCUCUUACUGCUCAGCUGCUGUUUUGUUACUGAGAAUCUGGGUUGCGUAACUCUUUAAAAGUAAGUAUUUGCAUGUGUUUAUUGUUUUAAAUUAAUUUAUGAUUUAAUUAUGGAAUUCAUUUUACACUGGGCUGUGUGUUUUUGUGGCAUGCCACACACAGCAUCAGACCACACAUGCAGGCACACGAGAGAUGCCAUAUUAAAGUGUUGCACCCCUGAGCUGACAUGGGAUGGGGGGGGGGGGGGCCUUGCUUCAGGGCAGCGCAGCAUUAGUCACAAAAAAGAGGAGCAGCUCUCCAAUAUAUUGUCCUUACGGAUGAGCGGGUCUAGCCCCAAAGUAUUUGCAGCGCAAUGCAAAGUGUGAAUGUUUCAUAAAAUGAUAGUGCAUUUUUGAAAUGCUGUUCCUUUAUAAUAGGUCCACAAAUAUAUUUGUGUAUGCUAUUUUGUAGACUGAAUAAAUUUAAAUGGUGAGCUAUUUUACUAAAUAAAUGAAAUGUGGUUCUUUUUUUUUUUUUUUAAAUUAAA